GAAUGGAAAUUCCAAGAACGGUCAGACACCUCAAAACCCUACUUCCGCCACCGAUCAGUCCAACCCAAGACGCAACGUUUUUCAACGCUAUUCAUUCCUUGCCUUGCUCUCGAAUGACAAACCAAAGUACAAAAAUCUAAAAGUUCAACAAGAGAGUUCUAAAGCCCAAGUACAAAGUAAAAGUUCAAGAAGUGCAGACCGGAGAUUUUUAUAUCGGAUAUUGAAACGAAACUAUUGCGACAUAAGUGAGUGCUAUCAGUAGUUUAACAACAAGGGGAAUUAAGACUAGUCUGCUGUUUUGCUCAAAACAAACAUCAAGAACAAAGAUAGUUUUCAUAGUGGAUUUGAUCACCACGGAGUAAAGAAGGCGGUGAUGCGUUCUGGCCUUGGAAAUUUUACACCAGACUUGGGAAACUGAUGCCUGAUAUAAACAGCUCGUACUCUCACGACUGCUAUCUAUUUAGUUUUGGACGCUUCGCCAUCGAAUGCUGGUCGCAAUGUUAACAACAAGCACAACGAUCGCUAUUUUGUUAACUCUCACGUCGGUUUCGGCUAUCACCAAUGACCGCCCGAUAAUCGGUAUCUUGUCUCAGAAGGUGUCGGAUGUAAUAAACGGGAACUAUGGUAAUAUCUAUGACAGCUACAUAGCCGCCUCGUAUAUUAAAUUUGUCGAGGGAGCUGGCGCAAGAGUUGUACCAAUUUGGAUUGGGAAACCUAAAUCGUAUUACGAUGAUAUCUUGUCGAAGAUAAACGGGGUUUUGUUUCCUGGUGGAGGCUCAAACUUCGAUGACAAAUAUGGUUACGGCGAUGCCGCAGUACACAUACACCGAAUUGCGAAACAAAUGAACGACUUGGGGAAUUAUUUUCCAAUUCUUGGCAUAUGUUUAGGAUUCGAAGUGUUAACAUAUGCUAUGACUAAUCGUGACAAACAGAUCUUUACAAGAUGCGAGGCUGAGAAUAUUGCUCUUCCUCUCGUUUUUAUGAACGAUUAUCACGAAAGCAGAAUGUUCGGAAAUGUAUCGAACGAUAUCAUUGACAUGCUGAAGAACGAGAUGCUGACGUUUAAUGCCCAUCACAAUUGUGUCACGAUUAAACAACUACGCCAUUACAAUAUAAUGGAUAAAUUCAAAAUACUGUCUGUGAACUAUGACAAAAUUGGCGAAGAGUAUAUUUCAUCGUUCGAAACGAUCGGAUAUCCGUUCUACGGUUUGCAAUUUCAUCCAGAAAAAAAUCUAUAUGAAUGGAAGGAGGACCUAAAAAUUCCGCACGGAGAAAACGCGGCACGAGUCACUCAAUUCUUUGCGAAUUUUUUUGUGGACGAAGCACGGAAAAAUCACAACUACUUCACAAACGUUAAUGAAGAGGCUCAGUCUUUGAUCUACAAUUAUCCCGUACAGUACACGGCGCAGUACCAUUCUACGUUUGAACAAUGUUAUCUCUUUUACAAAAACGGUACCACACGAUAUUAUUGAGCAGCUUCAUUGGAUGAGUUAACACGCAAGCUGGUUUUGUUUCGUGUAGGUGACAAGUUAAUUCAUGACAAGGGCGGGAGCUGUAAACAACCUGUUAUAACAAACAAUACUCUACUUAAAUAAAAAUAACAUUUUUCUAUCACCAAAAGGACUAAUGUGCAAUUUUUAGAACAAUUUUGAUAUCAUAAAGAAAGUAUUGUAGACAGGAUCAACUGUAGCUACAAGUGAAAUAAACUAUUUGUGUUAUUCUAAAUCUUUAGAGAUGUUCUAACUUUUGAAUGUUAACACAGACUUAGGAUCAGUUUGACCAUUUGUCUGCAACAUAGGGACGACGGGGGAAAAGAUUGCUGUGGAAUAAGAAUAAAAUUGCUGUAAUGCAGUAUAA